AUGGAGUUGUCUGAGUCCGUGCAGAAAGGGCUGCAGUCUCUAGCAGACGCGACGUUUUUCGACCUGAAAACCUUCUCAGUGUUGAUAGAAGUGGCUUUUCGCAGCUUGCUAUCAGCCCAUGCCGAUCCUAGUGUUCUCGGUAAGACCGCUCUGCUUUCUCUUUUUCCUGUCGCCUUUUGUUUCUGCUGCUUCCAUAGCUUCCGGUUUCUUCCCAGCUUGACUUGAAGGCUAGUAUUAUCGGAGAAAUCAAAAUCUUGAAAUGUAUGAUACAAUUUAACACCCGUCGAUCUGAAAUGUAUCAAAUGUAACAGUGUUUGUAUCCUCCAUGUUUUAAGUGGUAGCAUAUUAGGCUACUUUGUAGCUAGUUAUGGCCAGGAAAUGUGACAAUAGGCCUACUGAUCAGGCUAGUGAGGGUGCAGGCUUGGCUACCGUUCCAUCAUUUUAGGAAGCAAUCUGGAACUGAAAACGUGCAAGUGCCAUUGCUCCCAAUGACGAAAUUUGAUAUUUUGAUCAAACUGUAUGUUUCUAGUUGUAGCCUAAAAUAGUGAAUUAAUUGGGCUAUUGAAUUUAUUGGACUAUUGCCCGUUUAAAUGUGUGUGUGUGUGUGUGUGUGUGUGUGUGUGUGUGUGUGUGUGUGUGUGUGUGUGUGUGUGUGCGCACGCGCGCGCGCUACAGAAUGUUGCAUGUUGUAUUUUGCAUGAUCAAUUUGUAUCCCCUUUGGUUAAGUUUAGGUUAUUAGAACUGGAUAAUAUACACUCUAAUAAGGCCCACUAUAAAACGAUACAACAGUUCACAGAGAGAUUAGGAUACAGUUAAGAUAGAUGUGAUGAAUAACUGGUCAAUGUUUUUCGCUGAUCAUAGAUCAACCUGAAUUUAAACGUCUUGACCAGAAGUUGCUGAAACAUUGUCACACCGCUGUCACGACCUGCAUACUGGAGGGGGUCAAACAAAACGCUGACAAAUCCUCUAUAAGGUAACUCUAGGUCUGUCCUGUUAUAUUAUUGCAAAUGGAGGUUGACCUAUCUGAAGUUAGUAAAUAAUUAAUUUUGAUGGUCCUCCAGAGCCUGGGGACAAGGUUAGCAAACAAUAGGCCUAGACUGUAUUUUACUGUCCACACAAUGUUGUGGGUUUGCCUUUGGCUUGACAAAAUGACACAUGACAAAAUGUGGAGCACUCUGUCAUCAAGAGCAUUCCACUUCACCGCCUACAAAUCAAAUCAGUAGGUCUACAUCAGGAAAAAGGCAGUGUGUGUUCAUUAUGAUUACUGUAUUGAUAAAAAGAUUGAGCUAAUUUUGUCAUUACAGCGCAUGCUUGGAGGAUGUUAGUUUUGAUGCGGAGAGAACAGAAGUAUUCUACACCACAUACCAGGUGAUAACUGACUUAUUAUGUUAAUAACAUGUUAAUUUCUUCUUGCAAAGAAGUUCAUUUCAAAUCCAUACCAGAUCUCAAACCCAAACUGUCUUUUUUUUUUUUUGUUCUCCAGAAAUAUAAAAGUGAUCUGGAAACUCUAUUGUCAAGGUGAGAUUAUGUUUGUAACUUCUUCUGAGAGAUGUUUGUAUUUCCUCUAGGCCUAUUUGAAAUGCCAUAACGAUUCAUGACUGGAAUUAUUGUGGCUGAAGCUUUGAGUGGGCAAAUCUACUUGAUUUAAAAGAUGAUAUUUAAAAAUAAGACUAUAUUGUCUGUUUGUACAAAAAUACUUCUGGGUCACCACAGUACAGAUACGUUUGUUUACUGUGGGCCCACAUUCUAACACAUCCCAACAAUGCAGACACAGACAUAUAGACAACACUUUAUCAGAGCCUUAUUUUUGUGUUAUGGGUUCUCUAUAUGGCUGAUGGAGCAUCACUUUAGUGAUGUUGCAGUUUACACUUCAUUAACACCUCUGUAGACCUACAAAUGGUAUUGAUCUCUUCUAUUGACGUUUUCCAGUAAUGUUAUAUAUUUUCCCAAUACACAUUUCCAUCCCCAUUGAAACGUCAUGUACAGCCUAAAAAAGAGGAAUGGACAUUAAAACCAUAUAGAGGUUUUCAUUGGAUAAAAAUGUGUUUACUUAAUGUUGAGUCAGAAGUGUUGGUUUAUUUCAAAUGUAUUGAACAGUUACAUUUAGAUGAAGCACUGAUUUUGUUCGAAAUUCUUUGAAAGCUUUUGGUGUGACAUCAGGAAAUAUACAUUUUACAUUUCCAUAAACCCAGAUGAGUAAACUGAAUAAGCUUGCUUAGCAUCAUUGCAAUUAAUGUGAUUAUUUUACUAAUUUUAGCUCAAUUUAAAAAAGUUUAUAACUACUGAGCUGUCAGCACAUUGACCAUAUCGCUUGAAUAUUUUUAUGCUUCACUUUCCUAGAGAGCAGCAGACAAGGCUAUGGAACUAGCCUAACUCAGUUCAGAUUUAUUUGUGACUUAUAUUUUCACCAUGCAUGAUCUCUUCAUCGUUUAAGAUUCAUGAAUUGCCCUGCAAAUGUGACAUGACAAUUUGGUUCAAACAAGCACUUUUUGAAUCGGUUUAUUUUCCUUAGAGAAAGUGCAGUUAUUUUACGAGGAGCGUUUGCUUGUAGCGCAUUGAUAUAAGCUUCUUUUACAUUGUAAUUAUUCAAAACACGAGUGGCCCCUUUGUCUUCAUUCUGACAAACAAACUUCAGAAAUCUGAAAACUGUUGCUCAGGGCCUGUUCCCCAUAGGGCUCCAGCAGUGAUAAGACGUUUUGUUUUUUUACACACGUAAUAUCACUAAUACGCUGAAUGACUGGUUUAAAUAAACAAAAAAUAGGUUUAAUUAAUAAGGCUAAGUUUGAACAGCCUAUAGAUACAUCUCUAUUCAUGGGAUCCUCUAUGCAUGCUUUUUACCUUGUGAAUAUAAUAUUUUAAUAUUGUAUGUAUCUGUGGCCCAUUGGUAGCCUAAUUCAGUAUUUUGGUCAUUUUAGUUUAGGGAGAUGCCCUCCUCAUGUCAAUGACGUGUCCUGGCGCCUGGAGUACUGUAUCAAGGUAUUGGUUGGUGAUAAAUGGCAAUACGAUGAGAUAAUUAUGGUUUAUAAAUCAUAUAGUGGCUCGAUAGCUCUAACUUAGUUUGUUUCCAUGACAGAACGGGCAUGUGCAUAAGGUCAACGAGCCGUCCUAUCUGAUUUCAUUAAACGUUGAGGUAUGUCCCUUUUCAGAACUCAAUGAUCUAAAACUGUUUGGUGUAUAAGUAUGUUAAACCUGUCAUCAUAACAGAUGUUAGCAUAUACUUUUACAGAAUGCCAACAAUGGAGGAUCGUCGGAAGAUGUACAUUUUAGCUGCACGAUGGAACAACUUCAG